UUGUGGCGAAGAACCGGUGCCGACACAAGCGCAGGAUGACGACGAUAUGACGGGUUUACGGUAUGAGACAGUGCACACGAGUGCUACAGAGGACGGAGAUACAUCUUUCGUAUCGGCGUCUGUCACGGCGGUUUGCGGCACGCAAAUUGUCCUUGACAGUGGGACCAACACUAUAACGGCGGAAGUUGCCGAAGGAGACCCGCCCAACGUUGGUUACCAUGGAAUGUUUCUGGUAUGGCGAGACUCUGCAGAUGGUGUCUUCGCGUCGGUUCUUCCGGAAGGUUCCGCGGACUUUUGCGGCUCGGCCCCCAUUGAUUGACGAUGGCACUUUCGUUAAUUGA